AUGUCUAAGGCAAUCUUACUUUGUAUUUUGAUAUUCUUUAUAUCAACAAUUCAAGAAACUAUUACUUUGUCUCCAGUUUCAGAAAAUCAACUUAUUACAAAUGCUUCAAAUCAUCGGCAAUCAAGAGUAUUUUUCCUGUUCCCACUGUUCACGCCGUUUCGUCGCAAGUCGUGCUACGCAGGGACGUCACUCAGUCAGGUUGGGGUGUGCUACACAGCCUACCAGUGUACGUUGCGCGGCGGUGUCGCAUCCGGCACCUGUGCUAACGGUCGGGGAGUGUGCUGUGUGUUCCAAUACUCGUGUGAUGGAGUGUCUACAGCACAGAACUACACCUACUUCACCAGUCCGGGAUAUCCGGCUUCGUACACAGGAGGAUCCCGUUGCUCCAUUACAGUUACGAAAGCCAACUUCUCUGUCUGUCAGCUGAGAAUCAACAUGUUGGAUCUUACCUUGGCUCCGCCCACAGCUGAGGGAGUGUGCAGCGAUGACUUCAUGUCAAGCAGUUCGAGCACCUUGCGACUGUGCGGAGAUAACAAGGGUCAACACAUUUACGUGGACUUUAGAACUGCAUCGUCCUUCACUCUCUCAGUCGACACAAACUCUCUUCUAAGCUUUGAUCGAUCCUGGAACAUGGAGAUUAUUCAAAUACCGUGUUCUUCCGGAGUUCCAUCAGGCUGUACCCAGUAUUUCAACACAACAUCCGGCUCAGUGUCCAGUUUCAACUAUGGCACCACUGCUUCCACUUCCACUAACACUGAUGGUUCAGCUGGGAACAGACAGAUUGCAGGAUUGAACUACGGAGUUUGUGUGCGAUCACUGUCUGGCUACUGUUACAUUGAAUGGUCUCAAAACUCCGCCAGCCCAUACAGCUUUACAGUAUCUGGUCCCACUGAUGCCUUGGACACCUCUGUACUGGGUAAUGCUAAUGCGGCAACUAGUGGUGGAAACUGCACAACCAACUUUGUGGUGAUUCCAAACCCUUCUCAAAAUGGCGUCAGGGUUUCAACAGAUAGAUUUUGUGGUAAUGGAUUUGUUGCAACAACAUCUGCAGCCAGACCUUAUGUCCUGUAUGUUACGACUGCUGCUACCUCCUCUACUACCAACUCUGGGGACCUCGGUAACCGAGGCUUCACCCUCAACUACCGUCUGUUGCCUUGUUAA